AUGCGAUGCACAGCUCCGCGACCUCGCCGAGCCACGCCCCACGUGCGUGCAGCCUGCGCCCGAUCAACCGACGCCCCUCGAUUGUAGCGCAAGCCAGUGCAUCUAGCUAGCUCUUACAGUCGUCUACGGUAACGGUCUAGCCAUGUCAGGUAGAUGAGUCAGUUUAAGCUCAGCUCAGUCGACCGGUACGGUACGGUGACAACCCUCAUCAGGCCAGACAUCGCUACGUCUGGUUGUUUGAACCUGAACAUUUUCAUGCUUUGAAAGUUUGAUUGUAAUAUCUGUAGAUCUAGAGGCUCUACCAUGGAUACCGAACUCAGUUUUAACGUUCUUAUGUCAGGUUUAGCCGCCUUACCCGUGAUAAGUGUACUUUUUCUCAUUCAAUUCAAGGGAAUUGAAUAUGUGAUUGUGAAACAAAGGUGGAUCUUCGUGUGUUUGUUUUUGCUCCCACUCUCAGCUGUUUAUGAUGUUUACUAUUUCAUGCGCAACUGGGUUGUUUUCAGGAUGAGCAGUGCUCCCAAGUUACAUGCAGAACGGGUCCAAGAUAUUCAAUCGCAGGUAAAGAAAUGGAAGUCAGAUAAGAGCCAGCAGCUGAUGUGCACCGGUCGUCCUGGAUGGCAAACAAUCAGCCUUAGGGUUGGCAAGUACAAACUGACUCAUCGCAAGAUCUUCAUUAACCUGGUGGAUAUUCUAGAUAUAGAUACUGAGCGUCAGACAAUGAAGGUUGAACCUCUAGCCACCAUGGGUCAGAUCACGGCCAUGCUUAACCCUCUCGGCUGGACGCUCCCUGUCCUUCCAGAGCUCGAUGAUCUCACAGUUGGUGGAUUAAUCAUGGGUGUUGGUAUAGAGAGCUCAUCUCACAAGUAUGGUCUCUUUCAACAUGUCUGUGUUAGCUUUGAACUGGUUUUGGCUGAUGGUAGCGUGGCUCAGUGCUCAAAGGAUGAGAACCCUGAGCUGUUCUACUCCGUUCCCUGGUCGUAUGGAACUCUUGGUUUCCUCGUAUCAGCUGAGAUCAAGAUCGUACCCGCUAAGCAGUAUGUUCGUCUGGAAUACAAGCCAGUGCAUUGCUUUGAUGACGUCUCUAACGUGUUUGCCAAAUGUUCUAAGGAGGCCCAAGAGAAUGAGUUUGUUGAAGGAUUGAUGUAUUCUAAGGAUAAAGCUGUUAUCAUGACAGGACAGUUGACAGACCAAGCUGAACCAGCCAAGAUCAAUGCCAUCGGGAACUUCUGGAAGCCCUGGUUCUUCAAGCAUGUUGAGUCAUUUCUGAAGACAGGUCCUGCUGUAGAAUACAUCCCUCUGAGGCAUUAUUAUCAUCGUCACUCUAGGAGUAUCUUCUGGGAAAUUCAGGACAUCGUGCCCUUUGGCAACCAUCCAAUCUUCCGGUACCUUCUUGGCUGGUUGACCCCUCCUAAGGUGUCUCUACUGAAGCUCACUCAGGGGGAGAUUAUUAGAGAGCUCUAUGAGAAGAAACAUGUGGUACAGGACAUGCUGGUACCACUCAAAGAUAUGAAGAGCUCCCUCAUGUGCUUCCAUGAUGAAAUGGAGAUGUACCCUCUGUGGCUGUGUCCCUUUGUUCUACCAGCCUUGCCUGGGAUGGUCCAUCCUCUAGGCAACCAAGAAGAACUCUUUGUGGACAUCGGAGCCUAUGGCAACCCAAAGAAUCCUAACUUUCAUUUCAGAGAUUCCACACGCAAGGUGGAGGAGCAUGUCCGCAAGGUUAAUGGGUUCCAGAUGCUGUAUGCUGACAGCUACAUGACCCGGGAGGAGUUCAGGGAGAUGUUUGAUCACUCUCUCUAUGACAAGCUACGCAAGAAUCUCAAGUGUGAAGGGGCUUUCCCAGAAGUGUAUGACAAGAUCAACAAGUCAGCCCGCCACUGAUACCGCUCUGAUCAGAGCCCUCACCAGAGAGCCCUCACCACAGAGCCCUCACCUGUAUAAAGCCCAAUCUCAGUUCUGGAGAGUGUUUCACAAAGAUCCUAAGUCGAACUUAAUAAUUAUGGAUAGCCGUUAGCAUCUAUGAAAAUAUUAUGUAAAAGUUAUUUUAA